AUGACCUUAGCAAUGGGCAUCUGGAUAGGCGACGAUGAUCAAAUCAACAACCAGCAAAUUCUCCACAUGAAAAAAAUACUAUCCGAAUACGAUCAAAAAUAUUUCGACGCCAUUUACGUUGGAAAUGAGGUCUUGUUUAGAAACGAAAAAACGAGCUCCCAAUUAGCUCAAUACAUUAACCAAGUCAAAUCUUACAUCUCACAAAUGAAUUAUGAUAUCAAAGUUGGAACAACUGAGAUAAACUCCAAAAUAGAUCCCAUCAUCGUUGAAGCUUCUGAUGUAGUAGGCGCUAACAUACAUCCCUUUUUCGGUGGCGACCAUGUUAAACAGGCCACCUCUUGGGUCCUUAAUGCUUUUGAACAUCAAAUUAAACCAAUUAACAAUCUAGUCGAUAACCCUGCUCAAUUAGUGCUCUCUGAAGUUGGUUGGCCCUCCGGUGGUGGAAGCUUCCUAAACUCGGUUGCCGGUUACAAUGAAAUGCAAAUUUUUCUUGACACUUUUGUCUGUGAAGCUAAAAAAAUUGAUACCCCAUGGUAUUUCUUUGAAGCAUUUGAUGAACCAUGGAAAGAAAUAUACUACACGGACGACAGCCAGUGGGAAACAGAGUGGGGCAUUUUCACAGACGACAGAAAACUCAAGCCCGGAAUAGUGCUUCCCACCUGCCAGUAA